GACCUAGCACCUCAACACGUUAGUGCAUUGGCCCGGGAGUCCAGCAUCCCCUUUGGUCUCUCACAUAUAUAUUUACCCAGAAGCGGAGUAACGGGCCACAGAAAGGCUGCUGGAAUUGUACAGAGGACAGGAAGGGGUUACGGAACAUUUCACAUGGUGAUAAUCGAAUGCCCUGCCGUCGCGCGCCAUAUAGAGCCAGACCACAGAUUUGCCUGUGAGAAACGCACGACAUUUAAAUACUGUCCUGUUCAGAUCUCCCAGGAGCGCAGCGACACAACGACCAAGGUCAACGUAGUUGGCCGUUUUCUCAAGGAACCAUGGUUCUGCUAAGCAGCACAAUAUUGGUUAUUGGAGGUGUGGGCCUAUUUAUAUACUCCGUCAUCACACGGUUUGUCAGUUGGUACCGUCUUCGCCAUAUACCGGGACCUCCAGGAGUAGGAUGGAGUAGACUGUGGCUUCUCCGUCAUCUUUUUUCUGGCAGGUUAUGCAACAAGUUAAAGGAUGUCUGUGAUGAAUACGGUCCUCUUGUCCGAAUCGGCCCUGACUGGGUGGUAUGCAGUGAUGCAAGCGAGAUCCGACGCAUCUGGGGUGUACGCUCUGGGUAUUACCGCUCGCCGUGGUAUAAGGCAAUUCGAAUAGACCCAACAAGGGACAGUAUUCUUACCUUUUGUGAGAAUAAGACACAUCAUCGAACACGAUCUUACUUACUGCCAGGAUAUGCUGCAAAGGGCAUUGAGAACCAGGAGCAGGUCAUAGACGAGCAGGUCGGGAAGCUUAUCGCGCUAAUCAGGAGCAGGUACAUCUCAACGCGCAAUGCGCUGAGACCAUGGAACAUGGGCCAGUCCAUGCAGUAUCUUACCCAAGACGUGAUCACAGCCAUUGGGUUCGGGAAGGCGGUUGGCUAUCUGGACGCUGACACAGAUAUCUUCGGCUUCUUCAAGACAUUCCGAUCCGCAAUCCUACCGUUUCACUGCCUCGCACUUUUACCCACAGUAGUAGACAUCCUCCAAAUUUUUAUAAUGAAGCCAUUUGUACCUAAAGCCACUGACAAGCGCGGCGCAGGCUGGCUUAUGGGCAUCGUCAAGACGCACGUUGACAAACGGUACGGACCAGAGAAGGUCCGCAACAAUGAUGUCCUCCAAUCAUUCGUCGACUCAGGCCUGAGCCAAUCCGAGGUGGAAGUCGAAGCGCUCGUCCAGCUAUUAAGCGGCACGGAUACGACGGCAACAGCUCUGCGGAAUAUAAUAUUCUACAUCGCCACUCAUCCGCGUGCCUACCGCUUAUUACAGGAAGAAAUCGAUGCCGCCGCGCAGGCGGUCACUCGUCCAGUCAUCGCAGAUCAGGAAGCGAAGCAACUCCCAUAUUUGCAGGCGUGCAUUAAAGAAACACUGCGUCUCUGGCCGCCAAUCAUGGGGAUGAUGGGGAAGAUAUCUGACGAAGACGACAUAAUUUGCGGGAUCCGGGUGCCCGCAAAGACGCAAGUCGCGUGGGCGCCGCUAGCGCUAAUGAAGGACCGGGUCGUCUUUGGCGAGGAUGCGAGGACGUUUGAGCCGCAGCGCUGGAUUGACGCGGAUCCCGAACAGCUGAAGCGAAUGGAGGCAACACACGGCUUGGUGUUCGCGGUUGGGACAAGAUGGGAGUGUCUCGGCAAAAGGCUCGCCUAUAUGGAGAUGGAGAAAACAAUAUUUGAGCUUUUCCGCCGCUUUGAUUUUGUAAUGUUGGAUCCUGUUGAGCCAUUUAAGUGGAAGAAUUAUGGGCUCACGAUCCAGCAUGAUAUGAAUGUGAAAAUUACCAGUAGAGGCAUUGCCUGCAACGAAUGAGCUGGGUUGCCCAAGAUUGAUAUAAAUCACCACUCAAUCUUGAAAUAUACAUACCAUUCUAGAGCUCAGGCAAGUUCAAAAUAGUCAAAGCAACAGGCAAUUCAGCAUCAUGGCGGUUUCAAGUAGAUAUUAUUGCCCAGUAGGAGAAGAGUGGUACCGUGUAUCUAGAGGGAAGAGCUC